UAUGUUCUAUUGCGGCGUGACUGGGCAUAUUCUGAUCAAUAGAACUGAUAGAACCCAACCCCCCAGCAUACAAGUAUAUAAGUCGGCGAGAGCGUGAGAUAGUGGGGAUAUACUAUCAAUGGAAGCUAUACGGCGCUCUCUACUGCUCCCGUAUUGAUGAUUUGAGAUGCAUAUAUUUCUCCUCGAGCUUUCAAAUUGAUUUACGAGAUUGUUAUGGUUUGAUAUAUAUUUUACGACUUAAUUUUUAUUCACCUGAUACUGACAGUGUGUAUAAUCUCGCUCUUGGGAGAACAGACGUUUUUAUUUAUUAUAACGAUUUUUUGUUUUGUUUUUUUUUCUCUUCGUUGGAUUUCGUUGAUUGUGACCACGUGCUGAAAGACGCUUUUUAAUUGUUUCACAAUGCAAACAUUAUCCAUUACAAGAAGAGGCACCCGUUUCAAUACUUGGAUUUAAGAUUUAAUAUCGUGUAUUAAGAAGCUCAGAAGGAAGAAAAUAAACAACUUGAGGGAAACAAACUAUCCAAAGAACAAAAACAACGAAAAAGACAGGCAUCGAUAUUACGCUAUAGGACGUUAUAUUUCUCAGCGCUGAACAUUUUUCAAAGAUGAUGGGCAACUUUUCGUUGUUUGAAAAUCGGAUAUAUAGACAGUAUCAUGCCUGGUCCAAAAUGCUGUGUAUGAAGAAUGUCAUGUCAAAGCCGGCCCCGAAUGAUGGUAAGCUGUAUUGCAGUCCACGACACGAUCAUUUCAUGGGGUGCUGGAAUUACACUGAGGCGGGGACCAGGGCCUUUCUCCCUUGUCCAGAUAUACCUGGAUUCGCGCCCGACCAUUCAGCUUAUUUUGACUGCUUGAGAAAUGGUUCUUGGUACGUUCAUCCUACCACUGGAAAAGAGUACUCAAAUUAUCUGGGCUGUCGAAAUUUCCAGAAUGUCUUAACGGACAUUGAAAAGAAUUUCGCCCAUGUUUACGUUUCGGUGGUCGGAUUCUGUGUGUCAUUGAUUCUUCUGAUUUGUUCUCUAGUCAUUUUCUUCAAAUUCAGACAAUUACGCUGUGACAGGAUCACGGUUCACAAGAACCUAUUCGUCUCUUACAUCAUCACUGCUUUCUGUUUCGUCAUCUAUCUGUCUGUGGUCAGCUUUGGGGAUGGUGUUCUAAUGGAAAACCCGGUGUGGUGUCAGGUGCUGCACGUGAUCACACAGUAUGCCGUGGUCAGUAACUUUUCCUGGAUGUUUUGCGAGGGACUAUGUCUACAUACGCUCAUGAUGCACACGUUCAUUUCCGGCAACUCACUCAUCAUUGUCUGCCUCAUCAUCGGCUGGUGUGUACCAUUGGUUCUAACAGGGAUAUACGCAGGAUUAAGGGCCACGUUGACAGACAACACAAAAUUUUGCUGGUUGUCAGAAAGUUCCCUGCAGUGGAUCAUGUUUGCGCCAGUUGUGUUUUCCAUGUUGAUCAACAUAAUUUUUGUGAUCAACAUCAUGCGCUUGCUCGUAACAAAGCUCAAACAGAUGCCGGAGGCUGCUCAGACAAGGAAGGCAGUCAGAGCUACGGGAAUAUUGAUUCCGCUUUUGGGUCUGCAGUUUUUGGUCUUCAUCAAACGUCCAAAUGACAAGGAUUCCACGCUUUAUGACGUCUACACAUAUGCUGUAGCAAUUGUUGUUUCACUGCAAGGUUCAUUUGUUUCUGUUAUCUACUGUUUCUGUAACCACGAGGUUGUAACUCUCCUGAAACGGAGAUGGCAUCAGCACCGAGCCAUGUUUCGAGGGAAACAUGCGCGCACCCAAUCGUCCACGAAUUCGAGUACAACUUACACAUUCAUUGAUUUCGUGUCCAACCAACCGUGUCUCGACAAAACCAGCCGUUGUUAAACAUGACUGACCUUGAACUUGUUCACUACAGAGCAAUCGGCAAUCAUCGGCUGUCUCCGCUAUGCUCAAUGUGGGAAACCCCGCGGUCGAGGAGUUCCAAGUGUGCUCAAAGCGGAAGCCUUCAUCAAAUUGUUGCCGUUUUGUAAUCAUUGGUUCGUUCGAAGCGAUUUCUUGUGAACAUAUUUAAAUUUUUAUCUGCAUUUAGAGACAAUCAUUCCAGAACAAUGUAUUGUUUUAUUUAUGAUUUAACUGUUGUCUAUUUUAUCAAAGUAAUUAUCAUUAUCAUACAAUGUUUGUUGACUAUAAGAAAUGAGUAUUUUUAUUGCACCUUUUUAACUCUCUUACAAACUGCAUCUUUUGGUGAAUUUCUCAAAACUGUACGUACAUGUGAAAUAAAUUAUUCAA